UGUUGAUUUUUAGAGUUGUGUGCGAAUGAUCACAGUGAGAAUGAAUUAGAGAUUCGAAAAAUGGAAAUGUUAUGACUUUGAGGAUGAAAUACAAGUAAAGGUAUAUAUUGAAAACUAAAUAAUUAUACUCGAUUACUCAGAGCUACCAUCCCAUGAUGAAGGAACAUCGAAAAGUUGAUAAUGACAGUAGUAAAAUUGAGUCUACAAAGCUAGGCCAACAAGAAUCCAGGAAGCCAUCUAAACAGAGUGGGAAAUCAACGCCCAUGAUAUUUACAUCAACAUGGCCAAUUUUUAAGUUCAAAGGAAGAACAUCAGAUAAGAAAACGUUACGGAAUUCUCGCAAUGGCAAGUUAAAAAAGGGUCAGAAAUCUAAAUCUGGAGAUGAAGAUGCUGAUUUUGUUCAUGAUAUCCAAGAAACUUUGGAUCACCCAGAGCAAGGUCAAAUUUCAUCUUCAAAGAAUGAACGAAGUAGGCCUAAGCCUUCAAUGGGAAAUGUUAUUUCGAGUGAGGAAGAAGCUAACGAAGGGACGACAGUGAAGUAUGAUGUACAAGACCAGGUUAUGAGAGUGUGUACCCAUGCUCUCAAUGGGGCUUUAAACUCGUGCUGCUUAUCUGCUAAGGAGGGUUAUGAAUCUGAUGAUAGACAAAGCUGUGAAGAAUAUGGCACGGCCAUUGACAAUAAUGUGGCGAGCAGGCAUUGCAAAGAAGAUAGUGACAUGGGAUCCAGUGAUUUAAGGACUAACUUGCAAGAAAAUGAUUGUAUACAGUGCACAGCCUUAUCAUUAGGAAGUAUAGACAAGUUACAAGGUGGUUAUGAACCAUUGUCUAGGCCUAAUUCAGAUAACACUAAUCAUAGUUUUAGGGAUGUUAACUACGAUUGUCUUUCAAAUCAAAGUAACCUAGAUGAAAAUAUCGGCCAAAAUGAUGAUAUUGAUGAUGGGACCACUCAGAAUGAGCCAGCAACGUUAGACGUCUCAAGUUGUGAGACAACGAAUCAAAUUGAAAUAGUUCAGAAAAACCUAUUGCCAAGAAAUUCAUGUCCGCCAAGAAUUAAUUCGGGUGAUUUAAGAGAUCAGCUCCAGUUAUUAUCGGAACCCAAAGAGACAAUUACCAAUCUUGAUUACCCUAUAAACCAGACAGCUUCAUCGUGUGAAGACAGUCCAGAUAAUUCACAUUCUGUUACAAGCUCAUCGUGUAGUAUAUCGGUACCCGGAUUACUUGCCGAGGAUUUUAAAACAAUUGAAACGGAUUCAAAUUACCAAGACUUUGUGGAGGUCAGUCUCUUUGGAUCCAGUCCUCCUGCGAGUCCAAAGUGUAAUGAAGAAGAGGAAUCUGCUUAUAAUCAACAAGGUGCAAAGCCUAAGAAAAAAGGGAUUGGCAAUUUCUUGACAAGGAACCUAUUUCCUCGUCUGUCUGGUGGAAAAUCCAAAAAAAUAUCAGCACCUGAUGGCAACCACAAAGAGGAGUGGACUCCUUUUGGUCGGAUGCAAGUGAAGGACAUGCCUGACAUGAAGCAAAAGGGUUACACACAUCCACCUACAGGUUCAACAUCAUGGAAGAAUCGACAUGCAUCCCUUGGGGUUGCAAGUUCCACGACGGCUUUGAUAUUUGAGAAUCGUCCAGGAAACCUUCCAGCAAAAAAUGCAGAUGAAGAGCAGAGGCACCGUUACAUGUACGACCAGAUGGUGAAAGGCGCCAAGAAAAAAGAGAAAGAACUUGCCAAACAGCUGGCAAAGAACCAUGUCCAACAAGCCAAACUUGACCAAAAGGUGCACAACUCACUAACUGUGUGGAAUAAAGAUAUCUUGCCAAACUUUGAGUCUGUGAAACAUCAGAAGAAGACAAAGGAACUAUGGUGGAAUGGGGUGCCCCCUAGUGUCAGGGGGAAGGUCUGGAUCAUGGCUGUAGGCAAUGACCUCAACAUAACACAUGAAUUGUUUGAGAUCUUUAAAGACCGAGCCAAGGACACUUUAAAGCUGUUUAAGGAACCAGAUGCUGAGAAAGUUCAUAAAGCAAGUCGUGAGGCCAGUAUGGAGUUGAUUAAACUUGAUGUUUCUCGAACAUUUCCUCAUCUAUGCAUUUUUCAAAAGGGUGGUCCUUAUUACGAUAUGCUGCAUAGCAUUCUGGGAGCCUAUGCUUGUUAUAGACCUGAUGUCGGAUAUGUUCAAGGCAUGUCAUUCAUCGCAGCUGUAUUUUUACUUAACUUGGAACCUCCAGAUGCGUUCAUCUGUUUCAGUAAUCUGAUGAACAAGCCGUGUCAAAUGGCGUUCUUCCGACUAGACCAAACCAUAAUGCAAGCAUACUUUGCAACUUUUGAGGAGUAUUUUCAGGACAACCUUCCGCAUCUCUAUGAUUAUUUUGAGGAGUUAGAAGUCACUCCUGAUCUUUAUAUAAUUGAUUGGAUGUAUACAAUUUAUAGCAAGUCUCUGCCAUUAGAUGUUGCUUGUAGAGUUUGGGAUGUGUUCUUUCGUGAUGGAGAAGAAUUCCUUUUUAGGACAGCAUUAGGAAUCCUGCAAUUAUAUCAGAAUGUUCUACUUGGAAUGGAUUUCAUUCAUAUAGCACAGUUUUUGACCAGACUUCCCGAAGACAUCGCCUCAGGACUAUUAUUCAAAUCCAUUGCUGCCAUUGAUGUACACCAGAAGAAAUUUAGCCAAGUGCUCUCCGCCCAUCUAGUCAACCAACAACAGAAGCAACAGCAGAGUGAUGGUUGAGGUCAGGAAAGAACUGGCAUUAAUAACAUACUGUGAAUUACCAAACAAUAUCCUGUGCAUUUGUAAUAAGAGUGUAGAUAUGUAUCACGCCAGUAUCUACCAAACAAAGAUUCUCAUGACGCUUGAAGUGUGGGCUAGUAGCUCAAUCAAAGUAGUAUACAUUUAUUGACUGCUUUGAGGAGCAUGGUUACAAUUAUUGCCCAUGGUGAUAUUGAUACUGUGCUAUGCCCUCAAAGUUAAGAGGUACAGUACAUUACAGCCUUAAGAUCACACAGUGGCUACUGUGUUAAACUUGACUCAGAAAACAAGUUCUCAUAAUCUCGAAAGCUCCGAUGAGAGCAAUAUAAUAGAGGCAGUAGAUCUAAAAAAGAUCUAUUGAUCAAUCAAUUAUUAAUCAAUUAGCCAAGUGUUUCUAGAGCUCCUAAUGAAGGCAGUAUAAUAGUGGCAGUAGAGCUAAAAAAGAUCUAUUAAUCAAUCAGCCUCAUGAGGGCAGUUUAAUAGAGGCAGUAGAGCUAAAAAGGAUCUAUUAAUCAAUCAUCCAAGUGUUUCUAGAGCUCCUCAUCCGAGCAAAAAAUUAUUUUGUAUACCAUAUACAUAGAUUGUCCUGGCCAUCCAAGACUGCCCUACCUUGGUGGAGGCAGGCUGUAGCUAUUGUAUUUGGUAUAAAAUAAACACUAUCCCCAAUUUUAUUAGACAAACUUCAGUGAUCUUCUUCUUCUCAUAUCCACUGUGGUGGUGCUAAAAUUAGUAUUAACCAGGGCUGCGACGUGGGUGCUUCUAUCUUGACCCCAUCAUUAAAAACAAGCGUAUGUUUGGAUUCCAGCAUGUAGACCAUUGAGAAGUACUUAGCCAUCAGUGUGUAGCCAUUACAUUACUAGACAUUAUUCCCAAGAAAACAAUUGCACA